CAGGUGUUAAUGCGAUGUCCCGGGCCCAGUUUGAGAAGGCUGUGUCCUGUUUUUCAAAGGCUAUUCUGCUCCAGCCACAUCAGACUCAGUUCCAUGUAGAUCGAGCAGAAGCAUAUCUUCAGCAGUGUGACUUUCAGUCUGCAGCACUAGAUUACAGACAUGCAUGCAGUCUGGAACCACAAAACGAGGUCUACCCUCAAAGACUUGCCUUCAUCUACUACCUACAGGGCCAGUGUCUUUAUGAUGUGGGGAUGUUCCUUGAAGCUCUCGAGUCUUUUACAAAAGCUGCAGAACUCAAAUCCACCUUUCAGCCUUAUCACAUGAGAUGCUUGGCUUGUCUGACUGCACUGGGACAAUACUCUGACUGUCUUCGGCUGGUCAGUAACUGGCUGGAGACACACGGCCAGUCAGCUGACCUCUUCACUCUGAGAGCACGCUUAUACCACCAGCUCAAUCAGAUGAUUUUGUGUAAUCAUGACUUGAGGUCAGCACUUAGGCUGAACCCGGGUUGUCCAGAGGCACAUGAGCUGAUGAAGAGGCUGAAGGAGGCAGCAGAACAUUCCCAUCAGGCAGCUGUUGAAAAAGCACUGAUGGGAGAAUUUUCAGAUGCAUUGGCGAAAAUAAACACUGCUCUGGAACAUAAUCCCAGUAAAGCUAAUUACUACCUCUUUAGAGGGAUUCUGUAUCGGCGCUUGAAAGACUUCACUGCUGCCGUCGAGGACUUAGUGCUUGCUGUUGAGUUCUGUGGAGUUGGAGAAGAAUCUCCUCAGGGAGAGAUGAAAGAGGACUCGAGGCGUUUAGAAGAAGAUGCUCAGACUCAACUGGUGCUUACAUACAAUGAUUUUGCAGUUCAGUGCUUCUCCAAGGGUCUGUACAGUGAAGCAAUCGUGCUGCUGAACAAGGCCAUCGAGAAAAAGAGAGACAACAGUGAAAUGUUCAUCAACAGAGGAGCUGACUAUCAGCAAGCGGAGGAGAUGGACCCUGACAACACUACUAUCUGGCUACGACUCUCUACUAUUCACAACACCCUUGGUCUGCACAGCUACAAUGACAAGAAGUACAAGGAAGCAGCAGACAGGUUUUCUGUAGCAAUCAAGUACAGCCCAGGGGUAGUUCAAUACUAUGAAAAUCGAGCCAAAGCUUACAGCAAAGUGGCCAAAAUGGAGGAGACCAAGCAGGACACCAUCAGGGUCCUUAUCUUAGAUCCCACUAAUGACCAGGUGGUGCCCUUGCUGUUGAGUUUGCUCCCAGGAUGCUCCUUGUAUGACAUUAUGUCCUCUGCAUCUGCACAGUUUGUCAAAAGUAAGAUGAUGGCAAAGAUUCAAGCUUUCCAACUUGCAGUCUCCAAGGAGUCAAGAAUUAGUAGGAUGGACCUAACCAAGGACGACAGCCAAUCACAAACUGCCUCUCAGGCUUCACUGGCUGAGGAUAGACCAAAGCAGGAGCUAAAGCCAGUAGAAGUGGACUGCAAGCUAGUCAAGAGAAAACAACAGCUGAAUCAAGCUGUAAAAAAAGCUCUGCACCAGAGGAAGCCCCUGCACAAUGACGGGCCCAGUCUGGCCCCUGUCCACCCUGUGCGAGAAAUGCCUGGCACUCAGGAACGGCCUUAUGUGUGGAGGAAAUUCGGGGGCUUUGGGCUCCAUUGUUGAAGACUUGAUGGAAUAAUUCAGUCUCAGCGAUUCUGGUGACUGGAUAAUCUGUUUCAUGCAUAACACCAUUAGUCCACUGGGCUGACAGCUUAAAUAACAUAGUAUAGCUAAUAGCAAAAUUAUAGAUUGUCUGAGUUCUAUUAAUUUCUCAAUAAUAAAAGAAAAGUUUUGAGUCUAUAAUAGAAAAAAGAAAGUAAAAAAUAUUAAUUAUUCAUUUAUUUUAUCAGUAGCUCAGCAGAAACAAUUGCUUUUGAUUACAUCUUUUUAAAUAUCAAUUUAAAGAUCAAGUUUGUAACUUUUUAUAUGUAAACAAUUUUCUUGUAUCCCAACUUCAUACACAGAGAUAACUAUAUGUGCCGCACUCAAAACAUUGUUUGUUUAAGCUUCCCGACCAGCCCUACACUGUAAAACUGGCUUAACCAGUGGCGCAAGUUUGGUUCCACCAGUUUGGCUGACCAAUGGCAGAUUGGGGGAGUGUUUGAGAAACCUGUUUUAAAAGAGUCUUAUUUGUGCAGUUAUGUCCAGUGACACUAGUGGUGCACAUAUUAUACACUGCACCUUUAAAUAACAUACAUGUAGAGAAUG